ACAUUUCUACACAAAAACAAAAAACGUAACUAAGAAGAUCGGAAAAAGAACAUUUUCAUUCUUGUGACUCUAGAGAAUAUAACUGAGUUUGUUACGGCUCAUGCAUUUUGAAAAAAAAUAGCCUUUUCUUUCGGAACAAUACGCAACAAUAGAGGCGCCUUGUCUCGGUAAGUUAUGGGAUGAAAGGUGAGCAAAUACGAAAGAUUUUGUUUCUGUUCAUACAACUACAUUGUGGCUAUAAAUAUCAGCGUUUUCAGCCGAUGACCUUCGUUGUUUUCUUUUGGUGGCUUUAGCUUUAGCGGGUCAGAGCCGUAUUCAAACCCAAAUUUUAAAAUAAUAAAGAAAUGCUUGAUUUCAACUGUUGUUCAUGAGUCUCUUUGCAGCCUACAUGUAAAUCAAAAACUAUCCAAGUUUUGCAACUGAGACAACUUGUCAUAAUUGUGCUCCAUAUGUUUCGCUCAGUGUUUCAAUAAUAAGUCAAUGUAUGUAUCACUCAUUGCGCACAAAGUAUUUCCCUAUUUAGCUGACCAAGAGUCAGCGAAUAGUUAACAAAAACAAGGAAGCAUUGACAAUUUUUUUAUCAAAAAUUUUGUAAAUCAUUUCACUUCGAAGCACGUAUUGACUAAUGCUGAAUCCGCCAGUGCUUAAGGGUACCUUGAAAAAUCCCACGCACCUCACAUUUAGUACAUUGAUAGCCACUCAGUGCUUCGUAAGCAAUAGAGGGUGUUACAUCAUGGAGAAAAAAGCCAUUUUCUGGAUAGCCAUAACAGUUUUGAACUUAUCAAUGGCGAUUAGAACGUCAAGGGGGAGUCUUUUCACAUCACUCCAGUUCACCCGUGAUACCCUAAUGACAGCGAUGGGAUACUCGCAAGGUCCAAAACUUUCGGCAUCAAAAUUUGCAUUGAAGAAGACGGCCCAAUCCUCUGGAGGGAAACUCGCACGGAAGAAGAAUAAGGGCAGCGGCACCUUCGAUAGCAUUACUGGCAUCACCCACAGUCUCGCUAUUAUAGAUGCAUCAAUUAUGAGGCCUGACUCAGGUGAUCAUGAAAAGGUCUUGGAGGGUCCAGAUUUCCAAAUUUUAGCCAAUCCUAAUCCCUUACCCACUCAGAAGACGUUUAGUGCAAGCGUACCCACGUCACCAUCGAAUAAGUUCCUCGAGGCAAUCAACGAGAUCGAACGUGCCGUAGCUAACGCAAGGGCUUCAGGAGUCCGCUAUAGCGAAACAGUUUUCACCAAAUUAAAAGAUCUCUUAGAACGAGCCAUCAGGAGUAAGAGCUAUAAAUAUGGACGCGAAGUUCUGGGACAGAUAAUGUAUCUUUUAAGCACCAAUCCUUCCCUAUCAGUGAGAAGUAAGAGGUCUAACGAGCAAGAGGGCACCAACUUUCUCCAGGGACUUCGUGCUCAGCUUGGAAGCUCAGCGUUCGAAAGCUUCAUGGCUGUUCAAGGAGAUGUGUCUCUUAUGUUUGUCAUUGAUGACACCGGAAGUAUGGGCGAAGAAAUUCAAGCUACAAAGAAGAUUGCCAUAGAUAUCAUUAAUUAUCCGCGCCAAGCCCCUGUCGAGUACAUUCUGUCACCAUUUAAUGACCCCUAUCCAGAUGAACCCCCAGUGGUCGUAAAAGACAAUGCUCAUGCCGGAGAGUUCGUAACAGCUAUUAACAAUCUCAAGCCCCACGGUGGCGGUGACUGUCCUGAGUACACAUUCACAGGCAUGCUGGAGGCACUUUAUAAGGAACCGCAAUUGGACUCCCCCAUGUACGUUUUCACUGAUGCUGGUCCGAAAGAUGCAACACCUGAAAACAUCGAGGAGGUGAAGUACAUGGCAAGCGUGGAAUACGGUGUGACAAUAAACUUCUUUACAACAGGAUACUGCCGCUCCCAAGGAUACUCGGGCAAGGACCCAAGAAAUCUUCACCCAGCCUUCAAGGAAAUCGCAGAGUUAACAUCAGGGCAGGCCCUUUUACUAAAAGACCAUUGGGAACUGGAAAAACUGAGCGAUUUGACAGGAGGAGUUCUCGAUGGCACCAAUGUCAUAAGUCUUGGAUCAAACUUGUCUGGAAGACAGAAACGAAAUGUUGGGGGAGGUGGUCGUUAUAGAAUUCCCGUUGACGAAUCUAUCGAAAAAAUGACCGUUACAGUAACCACCACACGGAUCGGUACAAAAGGGAAGGGAAUAACCUUGCACGACCCUGAUAACAUCCUCAUAACCUCUGAAAAAGUCAGUCUUUCCCAGAUCACCAUCUACCAGAUCAACAAACCUAAGAAAGGAAGUUGGAAUCUUGUUCUAUCAAGCAGCAAUGGAGAACAUGAAUUUUACGUGAAGUCCACAAGCAAAACAAACAUCGACUUCGAACACUACUUUCUAAUUCCGCUAAGCAGCAGGCGAAAGACAACUGAAGUACCUAUUUCCAAUCCACUCAUCGGUAAAUCAAACAAGGUAGUUAUAACCGUCGCUGGUUCUGAGAAAGUCGAUCCAAGCUCUGUGCGUUUAGAGCUCAUCACCACUGGGGGAACCAGGACUAGUGACGUCACACUUCAGACAACUGACAAUGUCCAUUUUACUGCAAGUUUCACGCCUCGCACAAGUCAACCAUUCAAACUCAGGCUCAGAGGUUUCACUAGUGGCGGGAACUUGUUUGAAAGGAUUUCACACCAGACCAUCAAACCAACUACGGCUGUUCUUCGGAGAAAGUACGCCAGCAAUGAUUACACCCUCCCUUUAGGAAAGACCACGUUUGUUCAUUUCCAACUAUGUAAUUUUGGCGGCAGUGAAUAUUUUGACGUGUCAGUCGCAAAGGACAGGAUGGGGUACUUAAUAUCCCCUAAUGUCAGGUCCAGACACGUGAUAAAGGGUCGUUGCAUAACUAUUUCCGUCCGUGCUAAAGCGACACGUUCUACAGACGUGGACAAAACAGACACCGUGUUGUUAAUCGCCAAGGGUCGAACAUCUAAGGUUGUUGUUUUACAGGCAGUGCGUCUUUUCGUGGUCUCCUAAAUUUGUUGGGUCUGAAAAAACCGUGAAUAUUUUACCCAUCUAAGGUUCUUAAAUACACGCGAUCAGACAAGAGAUCGUGAAAAUUAUGUAAAUUUGGCUAUCUAGCUUUAAAGGGCAUAGAUUUUGCAACUCAUUACUGAUAUUCGAGUUACUGAUAUCCGAGUCACGUAGGCGUAGUAAUGUUAGAAGAUCGAUUAGUCUAUAUCCUUUUAACAAAAUAAAUCUAUACGACCACCGAAUCACGCAUGUCAGUCAUUCCAUGGUUUUCGGGACGUCUUGCGAAGUAACGUUUUUUUUAAAUGAUACUCACUUGAA